AUGUCGAGACGGGAUUUCCUUAGCCAGCCCGCACCCGAGAACUACGUCGCCGGUCUCGGUCGUGGUGCGACAGGUUUCACGACACGAUCCGAUCUUGGCCCCGCGCGCGAGGGUCCUAGUGAAGACCAGAUCAAGGCGGCCGUCGCGAAGAGAUCUGCGCAGCUGGGUCUUACUGAGGCCAAGGACGACGACAACGAAGACGAUGGUCGAUAUCAGGAUCCCGACAACGAAGUUGGUUUGUUUGCCGGCGGCAUCUACGAGAAGGACGACGAAGAGGCAGACCGGAUAUGGAAAGAGGUAGACGACAGAAUGGCAAAGCGGCGACAGAAGCAAAGGUUAGUUAUCACCUCCUAUACCUCACUUGACAUCUACAUCCAUUCACAAGCCGCCCCUUCCCUGCCACAAUACACUCUCCCAGUCAAGCAAGCAUGUGGUUUAUCGGUCAAGAUAGAUGAAAAGCAGAGUACCGACCAGAAAUCGCAUUUUCACAGGGAAGCACGAGAAGAAGCCGAACGACAAGAAUACGAACGAAAGAACCCAAAGAUCCAACAGCAAUUUGCCGGCCUUAAACGAGCGCUCGAGACGGUUACCGACGAAGAAUGGGCGAACCUACCAGACCCCAAGGACCUUACCGGCCGGACCAAGAGGGCACGCCAGGCCCGCAUGGAACGCUUCUACGCCGUUCCCGACAGUGUCCUAGCUGCCGCGAGAGAUGCCGGCCAAUUCGGAACCACCGUUGCAGAAGACGGCACCGCUACCGAGGGCGUCAACAAGGAUGGCGCAGUUACAGAUUUCGCGAAGAUUGGCGCGGCCCGCGACAAGGUGUUGAGGGCGCGUUUGGAACAGCAAUCACAGUCAAGUACCGUGGCAACGGCGGGAAGCGCGACAAGUAUCGACCCCAAGGGCUACUUGACCUCCUUGUCGAGCAUGCAGGGUGCGGAACAGAGCAUUGGCGACAUUGAACAGUUCCGGAAGAUGCUUAAGUCAGCUGUCGACUCGAACCCGAAACAGGCAGCCAGUUGGAUUGCUGCGGCUAGAUUGGAGAUUGCGGCUGGAAAGCCUGGUGCUGCCCGUAGCUUAAUCGCAAAGGGCUGCGAACACUGUCCCAAGAGCGAGGAUAUCUGGCUGGAAAACAUUCAUCUGAACGAUAACCGGAACGCCAAGGUCAUUGCGGCACAGGCUAUUCAGGCAAACCCACACUCAGUCAAGCUAUGGGUGGAGGCUAUGAAGUUGGAGAAUGAUCCAAGGUCAAAGAAGAAGGUCAUCAGGAGAGCUCUCGAUCAUAACCAGGAGUCCGAAGCACUAUGGAAGGAGGCUGUCAACCUGGAGGAGGACGUCGAAGAUGCCCGCAUUCUACUAGCUAAGGCGACCGAGCUCAUCCCGGAGUCGCUCGACCUCUGGUUGGCACUGGCCCGUCUCGAGACCCCGGAAAACGCCCGGAAGGUUCUCAACAAGGCCGUCAAGAAGCUUCCCAACUCGCAUGAACUCUGGAUUGCCGCCGCGCGCUUGGAAGAACAGCUAGGCGAAGGCAAGAGGCGCCCAGUGAUGAAGAACGCCGUCAAGUUCCUCGCCAAGAAAAACGCCAUGCCCAAGCGCGAGGAAUGGAUCGCCGAAGCGGAAAAGUGCGAAGAGGAAGGCGCCGUCAUUACCUGCAGCAACAUCAUCGAGGAGACGCUCGGCUGGGGUCUAGACGAGGACGACGACCGCAAGGAGCUAUGGAUGGAAGAUGCGCGUGCCUCCAUCAACCGGGACAAAUUCGCCACGGCGCGCGCCAUCUACGCCUACGCCAUCCGCGUCUUCCCCAACAGCAAAUCCCUCUACACGGCCGCCAUCGACCUGGAGCGCAACCACGGCAGCAAAGAAGACCUCUGGCACGCGCUCGAAAAGGCCGUCGAGGCCUGCCCCCACUACGAAGUCUUCUGGCUCAUGCUCGCGCGCGAAAAGGCCGCCGACGCGGGCGUCGACGAAGCCCGUCUCGUCCUGGCCCGCGCCUUCAAGCAGAACCCCGACUCCGAAGACAUCUGGCUCGCGGCCGUCAAGCUGGAAGCCGACAACGGCUUCAUCGACAAGGCGCGCGAACUCCUCAAGACGGCGCGCCAAAACGCGCCCACCGACCGCGUCUGGAUGCGUUCCGUUGCCUUCGAGCGCCAGCAGGGAGACAACGAAGCUGCCUUGGACUUGGUCCAACAAGCGCUUCCACUCUUCCCUGCCAAGCCCAAGCUCUGGAUGAUAAAGGGGCAAAUCUACGAAGACCUCUCCCAACCUGGUCCUGCGCGCGAAGCUUAUAGUACCGGCGUGCGCGCCGUUCCCUCCUCCAUCCCGCUCUGGCUAUUGUAUUCCCGUCUAGAAGAAAAGGCCGGCAACGUGGUGAAAGCACGCUCGGUCCUCGACCGUGCCCGCCAAGCCGUGCCCAAGUCUCCGGAGCUCUGGACGGAACUCAUCCGCGUCGAGCGGCGCGCCGGUAACCUCAACCAAGCCAAGUCGCUCAUGGCGCAAGCGCUGCAGCAGAUGCCCAAGAGCGGUUUGCUAUGGGCCGAAAGGAUUUUGAAUCUUGAGCCGCGCACGCAGCGCAAGUCGUUGCUCGCAGAAGCCGUCAAGAAGGUGGAAGACGACCCGAUUUUGUUAGUAACUGCCGCGCGAAUCUUGUGGGCGGAACGCAAGCUUGACAGGGCGCAGAACUGGUUCGAGAAGGCGCUGUUGCUGGAUCGCGAUGUGGGCGAUACGUGGGCGUGGUAUUACAAGUUCUUGGUGCAGCAUGGGACGGAGGAGAAGAGGGCGGAUUUGGUGGCCAAGUGUGUUCUUAACGAUCCUAGGCAUGGUGAAGAGUGGACGCGAGUGGCCAAGGAUCCGAGGAAUGCGGGGAAGAAGACGGACGAGGUGUUGAAGAUGGUUGCGGAGACGUUGUCUUAG